UCGCUGUCUUGAUCGAUCGAGACGAUCGCUUUGAUACUUUUGCUAGUUGCCUGCAGCGAUUGAGUCGAUCGUGAAGCACAGGAGGAGAAUGCUGGACGAGGAGGAGGGAGAUUUUGAGCUUGCUCAGAAUCAGCGCUUCCGGCCAGGGAGAGGCGGAGGAGGAGAAGAAAUGGCGAAGAGCGACGCCGCUCCAUCGCGGUGGAAAGUCGCAAUGCUGCUCGUCUUGGUAGUGGCGGGUUUAGGGUUCUUCGCAGCUGCUACUAGCACGGCGGGAAGAAUCGGCAGCCGGCGGUCCCUCUUGGCAAGGCCUGGCGAUAAUCGCGACGUCGAUCCCUUCAUCGUCUCGGCGUGCCACGGCACGCGCUAUCCGGAGGUAUGCGUCUCAUCCAUCGCCGCGGAUCCCCGGUCCAGGCAGGGAUUCACCUCUCCCGACCAGAUAAUCUCGCUCGCGAUCGAUCUGGCGUCGCAAUCGUCCUCUCGCAGCUUCAAUCUCACAGCCGGGAUCCUUGAUCGCGCCGGGGGCAACAAGAAUCUCACGGCGGCAUCGACCGAUUGCGUCCAUGUCCUUGGUUUUGCGAUCAAUCGCUACGAGAAGCUCCGGCGAUUGGGGCUAUCGAUCGCGGUGGUGAAGGAUUUCGAGGCCUGGUUGAGCGGCAUUCUAGCCUAUCAGUACGAUUGCUUCUCGGCUCUUGGCUACGUGAAUUCCAGCACAGAGGUCCAGAGGGUGAUGCUCCAGGUGAACGCCGGAAUGGAUUUGAUCAGCAAUGCCCUCUCCAUGGCCGAUGCUUGGGCUCUCUAUGGAGACAACGUUUCAAGCUGGAAGCCACCUCCUUCCAAGCGAGAGCUCUCGCUUGGAAGAACUGGAGGAGGAGAAGUUCCAGUGGAAGAUUUACGUCCAUCAGGCUGGAUCCAGCUUGAGCAGCAGCGUAAAUUCUCGGUGGUUGUUGGCAAGAGUGGAAGUUUCAAGACGAUCCAGGAGGCCAUCGACAGCGCUCCAAGCAAUAGCAAGGAGAGAUUUUCCAUCUACAUUCAAGAGGGGAUUUACGACGAGCGCAUUUACGUCUCUGACUCCAAGAGCAUGAUCAUGCUCGUGGGUGCCGGUGCGAGGAAAACGAUCAUCUCCGGCAACAAUUACGUUCGCGAAGGCGUGACAACCAUGGAUACUGCCACAGUGUUGGUUGCUGGAGAUGGAUUUGUUGCUCGGGACCUGACAAUUCGGAACACAGCCGGUCCCGAGCUUCAUCAAGCGGUGGCACUCCGGAUCAAUUCAGACAAGGCAGUCAUCCAGUCGUGCACCCUCGAAGGCUACCAGGACACGCUCUACUCUCACACAAACAGGCACUACUUCGAGAAUUGCACCAUCGCUGGCACCGUCGACUUCAUCUUUGGCAAUGCCGCGGCCUUCUUCUCCAACUGUAAGCUCGUUGUCCGUCCUGGACGAACGGGUAUCUAUACCAGCAUGGUCACCGCUCAUGGAAGGAUCGAUCCCGCUCAAACAAUUGGAUUCGUGUUCCACAAGUGCUCCGUCGAGACCUCGGAAGAAUUUUCGGGUGGAGCACCGAAGAAACUGCACGUGUACUUGGGGAGGCCUUGGAAAAUGUUCUCGAGAGCGGUCUUCCUCGACUGCUACCUCUCAAGCUCUGUGGAUCCGCAAGGCUGGCUAGCCUGGAAGGGAGACUUCGCUCUUGAUACACUGCUCUUCGCCGAGUACGAAAGCUAUGGUCCUGGUGCUGAUGCGAGCCACAGAGUUUCCUGGUCGACACAGCUAAAUCCUUCACAAACUUCGGCAUACUCCGCUCAAGAAUUCAUCCAGGGCGAUGGCUGGAUUCCCAAGCCAUGAAGGAUUCAUAUUGGAAGUCUCGAAAUAUCGGCUUUUUUCUAAAGAUUCCUUUGAGAUUUGCAAGCUAUCUUCGUCUUUGGCUGGAUCGUGCUGCUGCUUUAGGGACAGAGAGACAGCCACCUUAUGCGAGCACCACCACGAGCGGCUCGCCACUUCCACCCGAAGUUCCACGUACUUGAUGCCGAGAAGAAGAAGCUCAUGGAAACUUUGGAAACUCAUGCAUCGAGUUUCCGAAAGAAUGUAUUGCCUGGACUUACUAGAGAAUUUUUUCUUGCA